AUGGCAGAGUUCCCUUUGUGUAUCCAUCUGUCUCUACUUUUGUCUUUUUCUGUGUGUAAACAUCUAUGUCACCCUCUGUCUCUGCCACUCCCUUCCCAGGCUGGCCACAACCCCCAGCCUUCUCCAUCUGUGAACGGCUCAUCUGGGCAAGGGCCCCAGAGGCAGCUCCCCGAAGUGCUGGGUGGGGCCUGGGAAGCACCUCCAGGGGGCGGGCUGCCCCAGAUCACGAUCAUCGUUGCUGUUUUUGUCCUGCUGGCCAUCUGCAUCGUGGUGGCAGUCCAUGUGGGGCCAAGGCUGCACCAGGGCCAUGCCACUUUCCCCACAGAGCCUCCAGUGCCAAAGCCGGAAGAUGGCGUCUAUCUCAUCCGCUGGCGAGUACUGGGCUCCCAGGACAGUCACCAAGAGGCCCAGAAAAGAGCUGCUGUCCCCAGCUCCUGCCCUGCACCAAAUGGACCAAGGCCCAGCUUUGAAGAAGUUACGUAUCUGUAGGAGGAAGCCUUCGGGUAUUCGGUCUGACCUGGCUCAGAAGGAGAAACUGGACAGAGAAUUAGAGCAAAAGAAAAUUGUAGCCUGAGCACCUGAGCUUUGAAGGGCACACAGGACUCCAUUGCUAGGAGUCUGAGCAGCUCGGAAGAAAGCCCCCGCUUGGACAGGGGAAAUCCAAGAAGCCUGAGGCUCGGCCCUGAAGCCUGCGGUGAUAUCUCUUCCAGUGCCCAAGUUACUUCUCCUCUUCUAGGACCACUGGACUCCUGAACCCUCUUAUUCAAUCCCAGUACCCUCCUUGGACCCCUAGUCUCCUUCUCUUUUGGUGUAGAGUGAAGACCUUUGGAAGAUUCCACCACCUGCCGCAGCCCCAGGAAGGAAGGUCAGAGACCCUGGCUCCAUGGCCCCCAGCCCUACAAAAGCCAGUCUGGCAAAGAACUCGUGAUCUGCCUUCUCUGAGACCCCCUGGGACUGCAGGAAGGAAGAGACAUCUGCUGCCCGCCACCCGCUGGUGGGCAGCCCUUGGGCUGUUGGCGCUCAGGCCCGGUCAACAACCUUCAGAGCCCUUGUAAGCUCCAAGCACCAUUCAUAGUUCAAAUACUGGCUUUGACCCCUGCAGACUCUGUCCUGCCUUCCCAGGAUGUGAUGGGGGUGGGGAAUUCGGGGCCUCUUGUAACCUCCCACAUUUGAUGUACAGGCUCAUUGGA